UUGAAUUGAGGAAACUGAGUGUGUUAUAAUUAUUUGUAAUUUGUAAAAAAAUAUAAAAUGCUUAUAUCAGAUGGGAUAAAUCAUGGCAAAUUGCAAUCAAUAAUUGUCGGUGAAUUAAAAAAGGCCGGAUUGAAGCAUCGUUUGAAGAAAAUUAUACUUAAAAAUGUUAAAGACCACAAAACAUUGUUUGGUGCACCGCUAGUGAAAGUGCCAUCAUGUAGUGUGAUUUGUUGUGGGAGUACAUUAAGUGUGCCAAUCGUAGUUACGGAAAUGUCUUCGGUCUUGCGAGCUAAUGCCCACAUUGAGGGUUUGUUCCGAAAGGCGGGAUCCCAAAACCGCCAGAAAGAUAUAAAGCGUUUAUUAGAUGCUGGUGGCUGUGUAUCAGACGGACAUCAUCCUAUAGAUGUAGCUAGUGUACUUAAACUUUAUUUGCGGGGUCUACCAGAGCCCCUCAUAAGUGCUGAGGUUCAAGAUUUGCUCCUACGGUGUCGACUUUCAGCUGGGGAAGACGGUUUAACACCUCUGUUGCAUACAUUAUUGCUUUUGCCUGUACUGCAUGUUCAUCUUUUACAUUAUAUCAUGGAGUUACUAAACUUCAUUGCAUCAAAUCACAAAGAGAACUUAAUGGAUUCUUCAAAUCUGGCAAUUGUUAUGGCUCCCAGCAUUAUGCCAUUGCCAGCUGCUGCAUCAGCACAACGACUGGAGCACCAUGUUGCACUUGUUAAGAUAUUCAUCGAAAACUCGCAACAUAUUGGCUUAUUAACUGAGGAUCUUAUGACACAAUUGGAUGAUGAUUCCGAUGUUUAUCAAGCAAGGCGAAAGAAAAGAAGAAGUGGUUCGUUCAAUCGUGUGCUGAGCGGUUUACGCAAAAUGGUCUCUGGUAGUGUGAAUACUCCUGCAACAGUUCGCGAAAAUACCAAAACUCCAGUUCUAAGCAAGUCUGCUGCCAAACGGAAGUUUGACGCUCACGAAGGAUUUUCUGCGAAAAUUAAGAAAGAAGUAACAAAAGGCUUGCCUCAGAAAGAGUUAACCUUUACACCCAUGAAAAUGGGCAUAACGGAACGGAAAAGACUACGAUUGAGUAUGAUGGAUACCAGAAGUACUCCAAACAUGAACACAGAUUUUAGCUCUCAAAAAAAUUCGGAGACUAGCAUUAGCAGUGAAGACUUUUUAACUUCUUCGGAACAUUUGUUUAGUGCUCAUGACACAAUAGAUUUAUCUCCAGAUAUGAAGCAAGCGGAAAAGGAUUAUGUUAGAAUCUCUAAACAAGAGUAUGAAGAAAUAAAAAGUAGGGUUUCAGCCAUAGAGAAUAGGUUAUCAAGAGAAUUUACAGAAGUAAUUCCCAGAGUUCAGCCUCUAGAACAUGUACAAAAUGCCUAUGAGCAAACCUUGGAAGAAGUGGCGAUGUUGAAUUGUUCAAACUCUGACCAUCUUGCUAGACGGUUAAGUAGAGAACUGAAAAUUAGACCGAAUGAAGAUGCUAAAGUAAUCCGAUCACCCAGUGCAAGGAAAAUUGGCUCAAUAAGAAGACGUUCAAAAGAAAAUAUUACAAAAAUUGUAAGACAUAAGUCAUGGAAUGUAUCAGCACAGUCACAAACUAGUCACAAUAGUGACAGAUUUUAUCCAUAUAUUGGAUUGAAGCAUAGAGACAGAACUAGUACAGCAAAGCCAGACUUGGCAGUAUCAAAAGUGAAGUCAUCACCAAUAAAUGAUUGGGAUUGUUCUAUGUUAGAAAAGUCUCAAAACAAUUCUGAAAUCAAUCGUCAGAAGUAUCACUUACGUAAAAGAACAAGUUUUGCAUGUGAUUACAAUCCUGAUAAAACUAUUGGAAAACUUCAACCACGUAGAUCUUUGAAUAUAACUAUGAAUACUAGUCGGGAUAAUACAGUAUCAGAUAAUUCAAUGAAUAAUACAAUGGACUCUAGUUCAAAAUCAAAUAAUUCUGAUCAAAUUCAGCACUACCAAAAUAUAACUUCUAAAAUUUCUAAGAAAUUGACUAGGCACAGUCCUCAACGUCACACGCAUCAAAAGUGGAAAAAUGCUGCAGUCUUUUUUAUGGAUAAAACUGGUGAAGUAGAAAGCUCUAAUCAUACUGGAAGACCAUCAGUCAAUAAACUACGACACCAAAAUGCUGGUGCUGUUCUUGCUAAAGCAAAGCUUUUUGAAUCUAGUUCUGAUAAAUCUUCUGAAAACAAUGAUAGAAUGUUACAUACUGGGUUUGCAAGACGACCGAGAAUAAAUGGCCAGCAUCAAUUAAAAGCCCAAAAAUUAAUAGCUCAUGUAAAGCCAAAAGUGCAAUCCAAUACUUGUCUGAAUACAGCACCAAGUGUUCCAAUUAGAUUGAACAGAAACAUGGAUGUUGCUCCAAGUCUACCUUUGAGGACAUAUCGAGAGAACGCGUGUGUGCCAAACAAGGGGGAUAUAGAUUCUUGGCGAUCAAAUAAGAAAGUAAUAUCUCCUGCGAAAAGAGUCGUUUCGCCUCAAAAUGCAACAUUGAAAUUAUCUCAUACUCCAACUAUGAAAAAGCCUUUAUGCACGGCAAGAAAUUUAAAAACUCCAUUAGGUAACAGUGAUCCAAGAAAAGUUAAUACACCUUUGAAAGCUGUUCAUAUAUCGCCAAGAAGGCGGUCUCCACGACAAAAACUACGUCCUUAUAAUCAUGCUCAUUAGACAAAUAUAUUGUUGUAUGAGUAAAAAAACUACUAUUACUUGGGUUUUAGUAUUGUAUGAUUUAUGUGAUUAAAACGAAACCAGUGGCCAUUGUAAAUAUUAUCUAAUUUGUAAUCAUGUUGAUUUCAUUAGCAAAUUAUAUUAAUUAACGUAUUUCGUUUUAAUGGAAAAUUAAAAUGAAUUUUAUAAUUUUAAUUUUUCCAGUUAGAUACCUGCAAUCUUUUACACAUGAAUUACACAGUGU